AUGGAAACGCAGCGGGGCCCGGCGGGGGCGGAACCAGGAGUCAAGGAGCCGCAGCUGCCCAGCCAACUACUGCCCGAGCUGUACGGCUUCGUGGCUCGGGUGCUGCUCUACCUGGCUCCCGUCUACCUGGCCGGCUACCUGGGGCUGAGCCUCAGCUGGCUGAUCCUCGGAGCCUUCCUGUGGAUGUGGUGGCGCAAGAACCGGCGCUGGAAGCACUCGCGCCUAGCUGCCGCCUUCGAGUUCUUGGACAAUGAACGACAAUUAAUCGGCAAGGAGCUCCGAGACCAGCAGCUGCCUGCCUGGAUCCACUUCCCCGAUGUGGAGCGGGUUGAAUGGGUCAACAAGAUCAUUACACAGAUCUGGCCCUACCUUGGCAUGAUCAUGGAGAAGAAACUUCGAGAAAAACUCCAGCCAAAGAUCAGAGAAAAGAGCAUCCAUCUGAAAACGUUCACUUUCACCAAGCUGUGCUUUGGACAAAAGUGCCCCAAGGUCAAUGGUGUCAAAGCCCACACCAGCCAGUGCAACCGAAGACGGAUCACCCUAGAUCUCCAGAUAUGCUAUAUAGGAGACUGCGAAAUCAGUGUGGAGUUACAAAAAAUGCCUGCUGGGGUGAAUGGUAUACAGUUACAGGGCACCCUUCGUGUGAUCCUUGAGCCUCUCCUUUUCGAUAAGCCAUUCGUGGGAGCUGUGACUGUGUUUUUCCUUCAAAAGCCUCACCUGCAGAUAAACUGGACGGGCCUAAUGAACCUCCUCGAUGCUCCAGGCAUCAAUGACGUGUCGGACAGCAUGUUUGAAGACCUCAUCGCUGCACACCUGGUGCUGCCAAACAGAGUGACGGUCCCUGUGAAGAAAGGGCUGAACGUAACCAACCUUCGGUUCCCGCUGCCCUGCGGAGUUAUCAGAGUUCACUUGGUGGAGGCUGAGAAACUAGAACGAAAAGAUGGUUUCCUGGGGUUGAAAGGCAAGUCAGAUCCAUAUGCCCUGGUGACUAUCGGCCUCCAAAAUUUCCGGAGCAAGACUGUGUACAGGAACUUGAACCCUACCUGGAAUGAAGUUUUUGAGUUUAUAGUUUAUGAAGUCCCGGGGCAGGACCUGGAAGUGGAUUUGUAUGAUGAAGAUACAGAUAAAGAUGACUUUCUGGGCAGCCUCCAAAUCAACCUUGGAGAUGUCAUGAAAAACAGUGUGGUGGAUGAGUGGUUUGUCUUGAACAACACCACAAGUGGCCGGCUGCACUUGAAGCUUGAGUGGCUUUCUCUGACCACCUACCAGGAAGUUAUGGCUGAGGAUCCCAGCGGCCUCUCAACUGCCAUCCUUGUUGUCUUCCUAGAAGGUGCCUGCAAUUUACCAAGAAAUCCUUUUGAGUAUAUGAAUGGUGAAUACAGAGCCAAGAAAUUGCCCAGGAGUGCCAGGAACAAGUUGGACAGAGACCCCUCUGCCUACGUCAGAAUGUGUGUGGGUCAGACAACUCAGACAAGUAAGACCUGUGCCAACAGCAAGGAUCCCGUUUGGAGCCAGGCCUUCACAUUCUUUGUUUACAGCGUGGCCACAGAACAGUUACAUCUGAAGGUGAUUGACGAUGACCAAGAAUGUGCCCUGGGCAUUCUGGAGCUUCCCUUGAGCCAGAUCCUCACUUACUCAGACAUGACCAUUGAGCAGAGAUUUCAGCUGGACUGUUCUGGCCUGGAUAGCCUCAUCUCCAUGAAGCUGGUACUUCGGUUUCUACAUGUGGAAGAUCGGGAACCAGGCACACCAUACACAGGCCCAGAGGUCCUGAAGAAAGGACCUGUGUUUAUCAAGAGAUCAGAAGUCAACCAGGAGCCAAAAGCUCCAUGCCAGGAACAUGAUUCCGCACUUCCACUUCAGUCCCAGACCUCUGGAACUUCUGACACCAAGCAAGCCAACAAAAAUACCUCAGCAAAGCUCCUUCCUCAGGAGGAGGGCCCAGAAUCCAAAGGCAAGGGCAGUGACAGCAGGCCCCGAGAACAAAUGGGGAACAAAAGCACAACGACCAUGUUCUUGACUGUCCCUGGCUCCCAUUCUCCAGGACCUAUCAAGUCACCUAGACCUAUGAAAGGCCCUGCCACCCCAUUCUCGUGGCCACAUAAAAAGAUGUCUCCCAGCCUGUCUUCACUCAACUCCAUGGCCUCCUCAUGCUUUGACAUGACGGGAAGCAGCCUAACCGUUGAUACUGAUGGGAACUGCCAGCCACUGGGAGAGAUUCAACUCACUGUCUAUUACAUGCCCCUUCGACAUAACCUCGUGGUUCUCAUUAAUAGCUGCAGGAAUUUAAGACCCUGUUGUAGCAGUGGAGUUGAUCCAUAUGUCAGAGUAUACCUGUUGCCCGAAAGGAAGUGGACAAGCCGGAAGAAGACAUCAGUAAAACGGAAAACCGUAAAUCCCCAGUAUGACGAAAAAUUUGAAUUUUGUGUUCCUGUGGAAGAAGUGAAGAAAAGAACUCUGGAUAUUGCAGUUAAACAUUGCAGGCCAUUUGGUUCACACAAAAGAAAAGAACUGGGCAAAGUAUUGAUUGACUUAUCAAAGGGAGAUCUAGUCAAGGGUUUUACACAAUGGUAUGAACUGACAGCAAAUGGCCAGCCAAGAAGUUGA